AUGAUAGAACCAGAUGUAUCGAUUGAACCAGGCAAGGGAGAGAGUGAGAGCCCUAUAUACCCAGUUAUCACAGUUGUCAACCACUUGUCGCACCGCAUCGUAGUGUUUGUCAAAUCAGGUGUACCACCCUCUAAUAUAAAGUUAACUCCACAGAUGCUUUUCGAUGCCAUCAUCGUUAAAGGUCCCAGAAAUUCCAGAAAAAGCAUUGACGGUCGUGUUGGUCAACAACCACCAACAUCUGCAAACUUUGAUGUCGUAGGCCAACUAGGAUACCUCAUUAUAUUUGUAGCUAUCAACGAAGACAAUCAACCUCUUAGAUACAUUCAAAUGCUCAGCAGAAGAAUACAGAAUGAAUCAAGAUUCAAUGUUCUCCCAAGGCAUUAUGAAGCAGCCAUUCAAACUGAAACCAAUCGUUUCAAUGAACACUUUCAACUGGUCGCCAAUAAUGAUGCUGUUCAACCAUUAAUUAAUGAAUUAAACUACACAAGUCCCGAUCAAGAAGAACAAGAAGAUAUAAAAUAA